GUUCCAUCGAUUAUAAUCCAGCCAGCCCGAUGGGAAGCUGGCACCCACCUCCAGCUCCAUGCAGGCAACAGCAGAGUUCCUUCCAUUUUCAACGGCUGAUUAACACACCACUUUACGAUGCCACGAACAGAUACAUGGCCCUGUGGAUCGUCACCUGAACACCCCUAACCUACCGCCCUAGCUGCCUGCCCGCCGCCAUCUUUUACCACCAGACCAAAUAUACUUCUUCCGACACUCCUCUCGACACCAUUUCCGAUCCAAUCCAAAUUGCCCCUAUCAGAUCUUAUCAGCAGACUCGUGAGCGUCAUCGCACCCUCGCGAAAUAGCUGGUCGCCGUUCCUGAUCCAGCCCAGAGCGGCCCUGGGCCAGACUCACCAUUGCCUGUUCUGGCCAACAUUUGCCCCAGACCAGCAUUGGAGAAGCACCGCGCGCCGGCAACAACCGUCGCGCUGUUCGGAGACAGUCUCAACGGCCUCGAUUGACGCGCGUUGUCCGACCGUCUGUUUUGGCAGAGCAGUGCCCGUAACUCCCAGUAGCUGCUGCACUGGGCGCCUGGUCUGCUUGCGUCUCCACCUCCAUCUGACUGGCUGUGGGUAGCUGCAUGAUGCAUCGUCCGGCCCCCGGAGAAGAAAUAGAAGAAAACGAAAAGGGCUCGGGACUGCAUGCUGACUUUUUACUUGGCUAGGACAAGUGCACACGCACGUGCUGUUCUCGGGGCACGCUGCUGAGCCCAAACAAACACAAGCCCCUCCCGCCCAAAAACCGCCUUCAAGCCCGACGCAGGACGAGGCGUUCUGUGCCUCUCAACCUGUCCGCGUACUGCAGCUCUUGUCCCUCGCUGCUGCCGUCGUCACCCUGUGCGAAGUCUGGCUCGUCUGCUCCAUUCUUCUCCCCGCCUCGCCAUCCUCCAACGACAGCCCUAGCCGCCGCCAAACGACUGGGCAAGAAGGGGGCAUAGCCAGCCGUCAAUCUCGGCGACGAUCGCCGCAGAGCUGCCAGAUCUCACUAUCAGUCUCUCCCGAAUAGGUCUAAAUCAUUACAGAAGAAGGCUGCCCGAGCUUUGCCUUUCCACGCAGGCUCCAGCCGUGCCACCUUCUACCACUAUCUCACUGCCCGCAGGCGAGACACCACAUAAACAAACAAACAAAACACCCUGCUGCCGCCCACUCUCCUCCCAAACCGUUUGCUAUCCCCUUACGCAGAGGAACCGUCAUCAUGGAACCGAAAUCGCUGCGAACCAAGCUCCGGAAUAUCAAACCUUCCCAUGCCUUCCAUAAACUUACUAACAGGCUGGGAUCCAAGGUCCGUACAGGCUCCACCGAGGCAUGCCAGCCCAGAGCCUUGACACACGCUCAUGAUUCCACUUGGGGUCUAGACCCAGAAUCGACGGGCCCGUCAACUUCUUCAUCUACACGCAUGUCUGGAAUCGUGGUAGGAGACACGCCAGCAUCCCAUUCAGCACCUACACAGCAGCCCUUGUCGGUACAGGCAGCGCCUGGCCUAUCAAUCCCGUUAGCUCCUGGGAACACUGCCACCUCUCAGAGUAAAAGUCACGAGAGCACGGGGAAGCCAUCCGGGAGUGUGAAUCAGACGCAAACGCAAGCAGGCUCCAGCAUGGUUGCCAAAAACCACGAGAGUAAUGGCCUCGUCCAGGAGAAGGACCAAGACCCGUCGGAUGACAAUGCCAGCUAUCAUUCGGCGCCAACGGAGCAAGCUCAGCAGGGCGAGCACCUGGCGCUUCAGUUGGAACAUGAUCUCAGCCCUCACUUGCCAAAUGCCGGUCAGGCCAAUCAGGCAACUGCCAAGCCCGCUUCAAGGCGUACCAGGCUCAGGCAGCGUUUGAGGGCGAGCGCGAGCUCAGCACACCAAGCUACGCUAACGGCCUCUCUAAGUGGAUGGAAAGAAUGCCAAGAGCUCAGACAGUACGGUCGUCAGAUUUCGGUGCGCUGCAGCAAGUGCGCAAGUGACAUAUAUGUGGGAGAUCACAGCGUAGUCCGCCAUACCCAAGACAUGAUGAUGAACGCCCAAGCGCCGCACGACGCGACAUCCGUCAAGAACGUUGUUCACUCGUCCAUGUUCUGCCAGCGAUGCAACAGCCUCACCUGCGUAGGCUGCGGUGAGACUGUCGAUCGCAAGACCGCUGCCGUGGACGAGACCACAUCGGCCUGGACAGAGGGCCACGGCAAACGAUUUCGCGUCAACUGGCACUGCGACCAGGGGCGUCUGUUCAUGAUCUGGCUUUUCUCCGCCGGAUACGACUAUAAGCCGCCGCCCCCUGCCUCACCCACUUCCCAUCGGGCCUCGCUCGCCGGUGCCGGCUACCAGAGGUUCUCGAGGCUUUUGUUGCCGUUCGGUCUUAAGAGCGACACGACACCGGCCCCUGAGCCUGCCACUGCUGCAUCGCCGCCAUCGCCCUCACCUUCGUUGUCGCCUGCGUGGGACAUGAUUGACCCCGCACCCGCCACGCCGGUGCUAGCGCAUGCAGAGGCGAACGCCUCCGGCAGCGGCACUUCGGGGGUGGCAAUAGCAACGGCAGCGGCUACAGCCGUACCACCUACCCCAACCGACUCCAGCAAGGGGAAGUCAUCCAUGUUCUGGGGAUCUAGCAUCGGAUUCUCCGGCCUCAAGUCGGUGGGCCUUCCUGAGAAGGGUACGGGCUAUGGGCGACACGACAGCCGCACCUGGACACCGACUUUGACGCGGUCCGCCAAGCAGGAGGAGAGAGAACGGAUCCAGGAGCAGUACCUUGGAUGCUUGGCUGUUCUGGUGCCGGCCACAGAGGGCCAAGAAUGCCGGCUCAACAAGAUCUCGCCGAGGCUCGUGGAACUCAUGAUCCGGCGCAGCCCACUGAUGCCCAUGUGCGUAGAUCUGCUUCGCAACCACGCAAUGGACGAGCUCGCAGCGCGGUCGAAGCUCUACGGCGCCCUCUGCGCUCUGCUGACUGCCCUCGCCCGCCACCCGGCCACGGCUGCUAUGCUAUUCCGCCGCACCAGGCUUUACCCCGAGCGCGAGCAGACGGUCUGCGCCUCCAUACACACCUUGGACAAGCCUGCAGCAGCCGCGACGCCGCCGCCAACGACCGAGUACGAAGAGACGACGUCGCUGCGAGACCUGAUCGGGGCUUUCGUGUCGCAGUGCCGUGUCCUCCUGGCGCACUCUCUCGCGCACAGCGACGAGUUCAAAUCCAAAGAGGAUAUAAAAAUGCUAGAGGUGUGCGAACGCAUGUGUCGUCUGGCUGUCGUACUAGAUGAGAAGGAGGCAGGGCUUGUAGCAGCGACUGCCGGAGAAAGCGACAACGGGUCCGAGACCUCCCCGCCCAGCAGUAAUAGCAGCGGCAGCGGCAGCAACAAUAAAACCAACAGCAACAGCGGCAGCAGCCGCAAUUCUGCCACCAUCUCAGCUGCUGGUACCCCGAUCAAUACCACCGCCCUCACGGCCGCUGAAGAAGAGGGGCGAAGGCACCGGGCAUACCACCUUUGGUGGGAGGCCAACCGUGUGAAUGAAAUCCCCGAGGCUGACAUGAUACGGUUCUUCUCGUAUCACUCAGAAGCGGCGGCGCUAGCCAACCGGGCCACCCCGUUUCCAAAAGGCCGUAUGAGAAAACUGAUCAAAGACCACAUGACGCUACGCUCCGGCCUCCCCGAGGGCAUCUUCGUCCGACUCUGCGCCUCGCGCAUGGACGUGUAUAAGGUUAUGAUCGCCGGCCCCAGGGGAACCCCCUACGAGAACGGCCUGUUCGAGUUUGAUCUCUUUUGCGGCGCCGACUACCCAUACCAGCCGCCACAGCUGCGCUUCCGGACGACUGGAGGCGGGCGCGUGCGCUUCAACCCGAACCUUUACGACAACGGCCUGGUAUGCCUCAGUCUGCUGGGCACCUGGGGUGAGGGCCAGAGAUGGGACCCGAACAGCUCGACGCUGCUGCAGGUUCUCGUCUCUAUCCAGGCCAUGGUGUUUUGCGAGGAACCCUACUACAACGAGCCUGGUCACGAACUGCAUCCCAAACCCAACGACUCGGAGCGUGAGAACGCGCGGAUGCGCGAGAUGACGCUCGAGUACGCCAUGAUGUCGUGGCUGCGCGGCCUAUGUCCCGCCGUGGCCCCUCCUAGGCUCGCCCUUUACAAGCCCCCAUCUGUCGGGAAAUCAGCUUCCGGCCCGAGCUCUGGUUCUGGCUCCGGAUUUAGCAUCAACCUGAGCGUCCCGGCCCUGCCGCCACCAUCGCCUACACCUUCGUCUUCAUCGGGAUUUGCCCACAAGCCAGGAAUCUGGGAGGACCUGGUGCGGGAACACUUCAGAGCCAACGCAGCGGCCAUCUUGCGAACGGCCCGUGGGUGGAAGGGCACGGCCAAUGGCGACAAGAUCAGGGGGUUGGUACUGGAGCUCGAAAAGCUCCUCAGGGAGCAUAAGUUUGUGUAGGAAAGAAGGCCAUCCAUGGCGGCCUCGCUCCUCCCCGCCCCCUUCGAAAAACCACGGAAGGGAGGCUGUUCUGCGGGUUAACUAAACGGAGAGUGCUCCUCCAAAAACAAGUGUUGAGGGAUUUUCGCUGUGGAAGCCAUGUGAAGCAUACCAUAUUAGCAAUGUUGUCUUGUGGCAAGAUUCUCCCUUCCCUGUCAUGUUAAAGCAUUUAUUUACCUGUUUCCCCACUAAUUUUCCGGUUUUUGUAACCCCUACCUCUAUGUUGAUGCAUCCAGAACCAGGAAGACUAUGUGCCAUGCCAUCGGCUGUUGUUGCAACUCCAGGGGUUUCGUUUCCACGAAGCCGUUAUCUAAUGUCAGGCUGACGAGAUAUCUGUGGAGGUUGCUGUGGUGAGUAUGUAGCGUCGGGGCAUAAUUCGUAGAUUAUUUAAUUCCAAAUCUAUUGUCCUCCGUCGGCCAUUGCCAG